GUCCAUUCAGGGGUGCCUCCCACUGCAGAGCAGUUGGCUAUGGUCAGGGGAGGCGGGUCUUAGUCAGCACAGGAGAAGACUGUGGGAGGUGGAAUGGACUUGCAGCUUGCUAGGGGGCUGUCGACUGGUAAAGCCAGCAACCCACUCCUUCAUAUUCCUUAGGUGCAUCUUAGAGAGCCUAGAAAAGAGCAGAGCAGUGAAAGCUGCAACUCAGCCCUCCUUGAAGAGCAACCUGAAUCACUGAAGUCAGGAGAUUGCUGUACUGGAAGAUUAACGGGGCAAAACUGAGUAAGAGAAGGAAUCGCAAAUUACACUGAAAAGCUUUCCAUUGAUUUUCUAUCGUCAAUUCCUAUUUAAGAGGAAAAAAGGAUUACUGUAUUGCUGCCCUGCUUACCCCAGCAUUGAUAAACUAUAGAACUCAAGAAACAUGGCUAUACAUAAGAGGCAGGUGUGUGUGGCUAGUUCACUGACGUUAGCACUGGGACUGGUCUUCUUCAGUUCAGCCACCUUGGCAGAGGAGUACGACUAUUACAGCUGGCAAUCCGACAACUUCCACAACGGCCGCUUUUAUGCCAAGCAACCACAGUGUGUGGACAUCCCGGCCGAGCUACGUCUCUGCUACACCGUUGGCUACAAGAAGAUGCGUCUUCCCAACCUGCUGGACCACGAGACCAUGCCUGAGGUGAUGCAGCAGGCAGGCAGCUGGGUACCCCUCCUGGCCAAGCGCUGCCAUGCAGACACGCAGGUGUUCCUCUGCUCACUGUUUACUCCUGUGUGCCUGGACCGGCCCAUUUACCCCUGUCGCUCUCUGUGUGAGGCUGUCAGGAACAGCUGUGCUCCUGUCAUGGAGACCUAUGGCUUUCCCUGGCCUGAGAUGCUCCAGUGUGACAAGUUCCCCAUUGAUAAUGAUCUCUGCAUCCCUGUGCAGUUCUCUGGGAAUCAUGCCACUCAGACUCCAGCUUCAAAAGCAUGUCCACCCUGUGACAAUGAACUGAAAGCCGACACAGUAAUGGAGCACUUCUGUGCCAGUGACUUCGCACUUAAAAUGAAAAUCAAAGAAGUGAAGAAGGAGAAAGGUGACCGCAAGCUUAUCGCAGCUCAGAAGAAGAAGAAGGUUCUCAAGAUGGGGAUCCUGCGUAAAAAAGACCUGAAGAAGCUGACGCUGUACAUCAAGAACGGAGCGAACUGCCCAUGUUCCCAACUUGACAACCUUGGGAGCAGCUUCCUCAUAAUGGGCCGUAAGGUGGAUCAACAGCUACUGCUCAUGUCUAUUCACAAGUGGGACAAAAAGAGCAAGGAACUCAAGUAUGCCCUCAAAUACAUGAAGUCUCAGCAGUGUCCAACAUACCACACUGUCUUCCAGUGAUCGAUGACUAUAUAACUCAACUCUGCUCACUCAAAGCUUUCCAAUCCCCUUCUGCAAUUACCGUAUUCAUUUUAUUCAGCAGUUCCCUUUGGGAAGCACUCAUUGCUAAUGGUUUCAUACUUCAGCAAUCUUCAUUUUUCUAUAUAUAAUUGUACUCAUUUACCUUUGUUAGAGCAGAGGAUAUAAUAUCAUUCCAAAGAACAGUACUAAGUGAAAUGCCAUUUUUGGUGUGGUAACUGAUCCCACAUCAUGAGGGAUAAGAAAGAUAUAGGAGCCAAUUUGAGCUGACUAUGUUAAUGUCAGAGUGAAGUGAACAAUCAGUAAGUAAAUAUUAGAUUAAAAGACAAAUAGCUUUUCUGGUAAACUUUUAUUUUGUAGAUAUGGAUAAAAAAAAGUGACACCAUAAACCAUGUAGAUAAGAUUAUGGUUAUGAAAAUUCUUCUAAAAUGCGGGGCCAGCUCAAACAUGGUUCACAAUAAGGAGGAGGUCUGACUGCAGUUAUUUGUGAUUGUUGGUCAGAGGGACUAUGAGUAGCACCUGUAACACUUCCUUGUUCUGAGAAAGUGUCUCAUACCAGCCAGUUGAAUGGCAGACUCUGGACUGAACCUCACAGUUUGGUUGGUGAGAUCUCUGAUGCCUUUUUAUACUUUGUUCUUUUAAAUAUUCAUUUUUACUGAAAUUAUUAUGACUUACACUUUUAAGGAAUAAAAAAAGGAAAGAAACUUCUGGCAGGCAUAUCAUUUAAAUUCACUGUUGUCUGGUUCCUCUCGAGGUUUCUACAUCAUAUCGUCUCAGGGAGUUUUUCCAUGCCAUUGUCGCCUCUGGCUUGCUCAUUAGGGAUAAAUUCAUACAUUUAAAUCUAUAUCCUGAAUUUAUAUAUUUCUGCUUUGGGACAAUGUCCAUUGUUAAAAGCGCUAUACAAAUAAAAUGUAAUUGAACUGAAUUGAACUGUUGCUAAAAUAAAUGAUAAAAAUCCUUAUGCUAGAACUUUCAUUAAUGUAUUGCCC